UGUGUUUAAAACAUCAAAUGUUUAAAACGUAGAUGAAAAACUUAGUCUUAAGAUCUCUAAAACUAAAAAUCUGCACUUGUCUGACUGGUUGGAUCAGCAGCCAAGUGUGCACUUUGAAUAACUUAACUGUGUUUGCCUGUUGGUAUGCGGACACACCUGUUUUCAGGAGGUCUCCACUUCGUAGUGUGCUAUACUCCACAUUCUCUGCGGAAGAGAACUGAGGCAAAAAACAAAAAACAUCGGGGAAAAGAAAAGGACAAGCAAGAGGUUUACAAUGUCAUUUCCUGGUGAAUUCCUGUCAGAGGAGCAGUUUACCUGUUCCAUUUGCCUAGACGUCUUCACCAAUCCUGUGUCCACACCCUGUGGCCACAGCUUCUGUUCAUCAUGUAUCACUUCCUACUGGGAGGGCCAGGGAAAAAGCUGCUUCUGUCCUUUGUGCAAGGAAAGCUUCCGCAAGCGCCCUGAGCUCCACAUCAAUCACACGCUCAAGGAGAUCACAGAGCAGUUUAAACGGAUGGCGGAGACCACGAUGAGCGCACCCAGAAGUGCACCUGCAGAUUUACCCUCCAAUCCUUUCUCUGCAGCGAAGCCUGGAGGGCAGCACAGACCGGUAGCGCUACCCAGUGGGCUAUUGCCAGAGAUGAAGAGCCGCUUUCAAAGAACAUCAUCCAGUGAGCUUUUGGCAUCCCAUGAUGGUUCUUCUCUGCCUCCAGCCAAGACACCUAAACGAAACUUUAGUGUGCAUGGAGUGAGUGAAGCAGGUUCCAAUGGACCACAGUGUCCCAGGCAUGGGUAUAGUUUGGAGCUGUUCUGCAAGUCUGACCAAACAUGUAUUUGCACAUUAUGUGCAGAGAGGGAACAUUAUGGGCAUUCUGUGAUGGAGGCCAAGAGAGAGAUGAAUAUUAAGAAGUCCCAGUUGCGUAUCUUGGAGGUGGAGCUACAAGGAUUGAUCACAGUCAGAGAGAAGAAGAUAGAAGAGAUCCAAACAUCACUUGCAGAAAUUCAAGUGAAUGCAGAGCGAGAGAAAGCAGGAACAGUGAGUAUGUUUGCUGAGUUGAUGAAAGCUGUUGAGAAGUCCCAGGCUGAACUUCUGGAGGUGGUGGAGAUGGGACAGCGGGCUGCCGAACUGCGCUCUCAGGCCUUCAUACGUGAGCUGCAAACAGAGAUCUCAGAACUUAAACAAAGAUGCAGCAACCUCAACCAGCUGACCCAAUCCCAAGAUCAUCUUACCUUCUUCAAGACAUAUCCAGCCUAUAGUAGUUUACCUGUGACAAAGAGCUGGGAAGAAGUGGCCUUGACCCCUGACCCCACUGCAGGGGCAGUGCUGAGAAAUGUCACUCAGAUGGUGGAGGAGGUUCAGGAAAGGCUGAGGAGACUGUCAGCGAUCUGUUUGUACACUUCCACGGAAAACUCACAGGAAUUACAUCAACAAAAAGUGUGGAGAGCGCCGGAAUUUGCAAUGGACGUGACCCUAGAUCGAGACUCAGCCCAUCCACGUCUGAUCAUCUCUGAGGAUGGUAAGCAGGUGCGCUGCAGUGACCGCUACCAGAUGGUGCCAGACACACUCGAACGGUUCGACCGUGUGGUGUGUGUACUUGGCCGCCAAGGUAUCAUCUCUGGCUGCCAUUACUGGGAGGUCUUGGUGGGUGAGAAGACAGACUGGGAUUUGGGCAUUGCCAGCCGCUCUAUAAACAGGAAAGGAAAAAUAGCUGCAAACCCAGCUAAUGGAUUUUGGUUCCUAAGCCUGCGUGACAAGAAUGAAUUUGUCUUUCGCACAGAACCAUCGACGCCUAUAAACAUAACCCCAAAACCGCAGAGUGUCGGUGUGUAUGUGGACUAUGAAAAAGGUCAAUUGUCCUUUUAUAAUGCGGAGACAAAGUCACUGAUAUUUACAUUCAUAGACACCUUUACAGAGACUUUAUAUCCUUUCUUCAGCCCAUGCACCAACAAAUCUGGCAAAAAUGAGGCACCCCUUAUCAUAUGCCCUGCCUAUUCAGCUGACCCAAGCUGGCUGACUGAAAAAUGACAGAGUAGUUGUAUGAAAAAAAAAGAAACAUAGCUCACAGAUUUUAUUUACUUUAGUUAUUUAAUUCCAAUUCAAAUGAUAUUUUUUAUGGUUUUAAUUUACAAUCCAUGUGAUAAUUUCAUUGGUUUUAUUGCUUUAUAUAUAUAUAUAUAUAUUCAACAAAACAUUAAACAGUUUAUCUUUUAUAGACUUAUGAAAGGUUUGAAAUUUGACACUGAAUAAUACAACAUUGGGUGCUGAUCAUACAUGGAGUUGUAAUUGUAAAAUAACCUCCCAUUUAAUUUGUAUUUAGCUUAACCAAGCAUUAAAAAUGUAUAAAUUUCAAAUAUGUGUUUGGUAUGUUAUAGUAAAACAAAAAUAAAUGUGAAUAAUAAUAAAAGUUGAAUCUGUAUACAGUA